AGAAUAUAAUGUUACACCCUUAUAGUGAUGACGUCAUCAGAUCGUGCUAUAAUUUCAGUGGUUUUCCUCGCCGUCUCUGCACACAGACAUCUUAACCUACAAACAAGAAAUGUAAACAAUACAAUCUAAAUGAUUCAAAAAAAGAAAAUACUCAUCGCAGCUGUUAUACUGUUGUUAUUAUACAUUUUUACAACUAAUUAUAUUUUGUUUGUAUUAAAUAAUGCUGAAAAUGAGGUUUUCAUUGACGACAUCGUAUCCAAAAAAAUCCUGGAGCAUCUCGAGGAACUUUCACCGGACUAUUUCGUUAAACCAAUACUUUCCACUAAUUUUACGCAAAGAAUAAUUGAAAAUAUUAAAACGGUGCAUUCUUAUGAUAAUAAGCAAUUGUGGGCUACAGCAAAUUCCUGGGUUACGCAAAAUAAAGUCGUUAAUUUCAAUAGCUCUGAACUAGGAAGUGUUAUUCAUGCUUUAAAAAACGCCAAAAUAAUUAAAGCUGAUCUUGACCAAAGGGGCACACAAUUAAAACUAUUACUAACAUUACAAGGCGGCCAGUUAGUUAUAUUCAAACCCAAAUGGUAUGAAAUUGAUAAAAUUAUUGAAGGGCCAGUUUAUGCAGGAAAAGACAGAAUAGGAUCUGAAAUUUUGGGUUUUUACAUGUCGAUAUUAAUGAAGAAACCAUUGACUCCAAUAAGUGCUGAAAGAAAUAUUUCUUUAACCAGAGAUGUGAUACCAGUUGCUACAAAGAAACUAAUAGAGACUUCUUUUAAAAGAAAUAAUAAAACAUGUAUAUAUGGUAAAUGUUUAUAUUGUAAAAAAGAGGAUCCUAUAUGUGAAAGUGAUAAUUUUUUAUUGACUGGAGCUGUGAUAUUUAAUAUAAGAAAAACAUUAACAAGUCAUAGAAAUCCUUGGCAGCGUACAUAUAAGAAGACUAAGAGAGCACCAUGGCAAGAAAAUGCUAAUUAUUGCAAUGGGGUUAAAACAAAACUAACUAAGAAAAGACUGUAUGACCUAGUCGACAUAUCAAUUUUUGACUUUUUAAUACAAAAUGGUGAUCGACAUCAUUAUGAAACUAUGGAUGAUGCAGUAUUAAUUCUAGAUAAUGGAAAAGGAUUGGGCAAUCCUUUUAUUAAUCAUAUAGAUAUUUUAGCACCAUUAUACCAGUGUUGUAUCUUACGACAAGAGACAUUAACGAAUUUGAUGCAAUUAAGGGGAGGUAGAUUAAAGGAGCUUUUAGAAUCAAUACCCGAUAUUAAAACUGGUGUAACCAAGGCCCAUUUGGCUGCUAUUGAGAAACGGUUGUUAAUUGUUUUUGCAACUAUUGAAUAUUGUAAAAGUGUUACAAGGAAUAAGAAUAAUUCAAAUAUGUCUAAUAAUUAACUGUUUAAUUUAUUGUUAUU